UCCCAGAAGGGAGCCGCUGGCUGAGGAGGAAACUGCACCUUCAGACCACUGCCCAGCCGCGAGAGGACCCGGGGUGGCACUGCGCGUCCGGCCGACCCUCCCAGGGACCCGCCUGUCCCGCCCCGCCCUGCCCUGCCCUGCCGGGCCGCUCCCCAGCAGGUCCCCCAGCCACAGGCUUACCUGCGGGCUCCCGAGUCCUCCGGGCUUUCAGAGGAUGCCCAGGCCACCGGCUGGGGCUUCGGGGCAGCAGUAAACGGGGCAUCCAGCCCCUCGCUCAGCUCUUCCCCUCCUGUGCCAGGGGCUCCCCCAGGGGGACGAGCAUGGUGGUUUUCCCUUGGAGCCCCCUGGCUCGGGACGUCUGAGAAGAUGCUUGCCUUGAGGCUGGCCACGUGCUUCCUGCAGCUCCUGGCUGGGCUGGCGCUGCCCACGGUGCCCCCCCAGCAGUGGGCUUUGUCUCCUGGGAACAGCUCAUCAGAGGUGGAAGUGGUGCCCUUCCAGGAAGUGUGGGGCCGCAGCUACUGCCGGGCACUGGAGAGGCUGGUGGACAUCGUGACUGAGUACCCCAGUGAGGUGGAGCACAUGUUCAGCCCAUCCUGUGUGUCCCUGCUGCGCUGCACCGGCUGCUGUGGUGAUGAGAACCUGCACUGUGUGCCGGUGGAGACGGUCAAUGUCACCAUGCAGCUCCUGAAGAUUCGCUCUGGGGACUGGCCGUCCUAUGUGGAGCUGACAUUCUCUCAGCACGUACGCUGUGAGUGCAGACCUCUGCGGGAGAAGAUGAAGCCAGAAAGGAGGAGACCCAAGGGCAGGGGGAAGAGGAAGAGAGACAAGCAGAGACCCACAGACUGCCACCUGUGCGGCGAUGCUGUUCCCCGGAGGUAACCAGCCCCUCGGCGGAGAGACCCCAGCCCCAGCUCGUGUAUUUAUUACCGUCACUCUGUUACCUCCCUGCUGGCACCUGCCCUCUAUUUAUUAGCGAACUGUAUCCCUGCUGAAUGACUUGCUCCUUCCAAACGAGGGACAGGGAGGGACAGGACCCUCAGGAACUCAGUGCCUUAAACAGACAUGAGAGAAAGAAAGAAGCCAGCCACAGACCCAUGGAAGCUUCAGCUUGGGAAGAAGCAAGAUGUGGCCUUGCGAGGAACAAGCCAGGCCCCAGAGGCCCCGGGGGUCUCAGGGGACUGGAGAAGGACAGAGAGGAGGACCCACCACCUGUUCCUGGGCCUCGGGCUCUGCCCAGAAAAGCAGCCCUUGUGCAGGGAGCCCCUGGCUAAGGUAGGGGUGCAGGAGGCUGCUUGGCUGCCACGGCCCCUGCUGGAUGGCUGGGCAGGCAGUGGCAGAGGGCAUCGGCCCUUCCGCCGCCGCCUCCUCCUCCUCCUGGCAGCAUCUCUUCGCCCUGGAGAUCAGAACGUUCAGCUGGAAAGAACAGUGGUUGCCUGGGGGCUCUUGCCACUCCUUGUCCCCUAUGGUCUCUCCUCUCAUUCUGCCACCUGCUUAUGCUGGGACAUUGUUCCUUCCAGACAAGGCACCCCCAUCUUGCCCCCUCUCAGGGACACUGAAAGAGUGGGCCCCAGGCUGGACAAAGAGCAGCCCAGCCCAUGAAGAUGAGGUCACCAGGGGAGGAGCCCACGUGUCCUAGCCCCGAGGCCGUGGCAAGGGGAGCAGGUUCUCCGAUGGCCCUUACACCCCACAAGCUGCCCCUGCGGGGCCAUCUGACUGCAAAGCCAGAUUCUCUUGAAUAAAGUAUUCUAGUCCAGAAA